AUGCUAGAGAUCCAUGAUGUCUGCAGGCUGACCGUGGCAUCAGACGCAAAACUCACGACCGAAACGGCCAAACAGGAAACACCACUCUCUCUGUUCCCCCUCCUCCUCCUCGCUGUCGCUGGUAGGGUGGGUCUGCUCACUUUGGCAGCCUGCAGUGUUCGUUCCCUUUUAGACAAUCCGGGGAGCAAGCGACCUGGACGGAGGAAGGCGCUAGUGGCUCGGGGACUGGAGCUCUACAAGGUGGACAUCGCUACAUUCAACGAAACCUGCUUCUUAAAACAAGGCCAAGUGGAGGAGAUUGGUCCCAGCUACACCUUCUUCUAGAGUGGUCGCCCCAGGGCCGAGCGACGGGACGCGGACGUCGCCUUUGCCAUCCGGAAAGAUAUCGUGGAACGACUGCCCCGUUCGCCUCAGGGCAUCAGCGAUCGCCAGAGGAGGUUCCGCUUGCCUCUCUGGGGAGGCAAGUUUGCCACCAUCGACGUCUACGCCCCGACGACGACCAGUCCUGACGCUGCAAGGAACAAAUUUUACGAGGGCCUGCACGCCCUCCUAGCGACUGUGCCGAAGGCCGAUAUGUUGGCUGUCCUUGGUGAGUUCGACGUCCGCGUCGGCACAGACAAUGCUGCCUGGAGAGAAGUGCUGGGUCCCCAUGCUCUCAAUGGCUUCUCUGACAAUGGCCUGCUCCUCCUAUGA